CGAACGAGGUCCUAACUAGCGAUUUUUUCCAGAUUUUCAAGGAACGUCGAGAGGUGGCAACGUACGAUGGUGACGUGGCCGGGCGUUGAUCCAUCAAUAUGGUUCGGGGUGGUCAGGACACAAGGCGUAAGGUGGCCCUGGUGGUCGGAGGAAGGGGAUGGCGAUCACGGUAUAUCACGACCACAGGUGGGAGGAGGGAACACAUGGCGAUGGUUGUCAUGGAGUGCUGAUGCUGACGUGGCAGAUCCAACAUCGGCAUCAGACUCGGCCUCAUCGUCGUUGUCAUCGAUGUCGUCUCCAUGGUCCUUGUUCUCAUGGGAUUGGAUCACUGACAGGAAGGGAGAGGCAAUUGGUGUGAGGGCGACCAGCCAGCUGGCGGCACUGGUUUCCACAUCACCAUCAACGCCGUCUUCAUAUUCGUCGUCGCCAUUGCCAUGGUCCUUGCUCUCCUGGGAUCGGAUAACAGACUGGAAGAGACAGGCUAUUGGUACCGGGGCGGUCAGCCAGCCGGCAUUGCCAGCACUGCCCGCAUGCGGGCACGUUAGCAGGCGUGAAGCUGGGGGAGGGGGAAGUAGUGGCCUGACAGUCUCCCCUAAGCUGCGUGGAGUAUGUGCAGGAUGUGAAUUCCGUGACGCUGGUGGCGGUUACGAUUCUACACCGUUCGUUCCGUUCCUUCCGUAUAUUCCGUACACACAGAAACUGCCCUGGCACACAGGGCCACGUGCUGUCGCUUGUCGACUUUUUCCCAAAUAUGGGAAUUUCUGUGGGCCCAACUGGUCCAGUGGACGGGACUGCGGUGCCCUGCGGUGGGACAAGGGCCCUGUGGACUGGCUGGAUCACUGCUGUCUGGUUCAUGACAUCGGUUAUGACAGCCAUAGCCAGGUGGACCUCUACAAAGCGGACUGUCAGCUUUUGGUUUGCUUGCGAUCCCCACCCAGGGGAAGAGAUGGGAAACCAUUCAGGCUGAGCCUGUGGGGAGAGUUUUACCGAGCACUGUGCAUAAGAGAUGCAGUGCCGAUCAAGGUGAUCAAGACGGUGUCCACCAUAGCCAGUGGUGAAGGCAACGUUACCACUUCAGCACGAGUAAGAGUGGCUAACACUCCUACUGGGCCGAGGGUGUUUCCCUGCAAAGUGCUCGCAGAAGCACCACCAGGGUUCGAAGAUAAGCCCACCACUAUUGGAGAGGCUACCUUUGUGGUGACCAUCUUGCCUCCGCAAGUCCUGGAUGUGCGGCCAUAGUUGCCACAAUUCAGACAAGUACCCCUAGCAACUCGAUCUCUCCACACCUUGUAAUCUAAACAAAGUUUUACCCAUGCG